CGGGAGGAGCAGGAGACUGCCAGGAUAGGCCCAGGAUUAAUGGAGUCCAAAAGAGAACAAACGGGAAAAAAUCUCAAGGUGGAAAAUGCCCUCCAGGAAAAUGAAGAAAAGGAUGAAAAAGAGCAAGACACUAAUAAAGGAGAGCCCUUGGCACUCCCUUUGGAAGGUGGUGAAUACUGUGUGCCUAGAGGAAGUGGUAGGCGACUCCGAGUUAGGCAGCCCAUCCUACAGUAUAGAUGGGACAUGGUUCAGAAGCUUGGAGAACCACAGGCAAAGAUGAGAGAAGAUAAUGUGGAAAGGAUUAGGGAGGAGGUGAAAGAGCUGAUGGAAAAACUGAGGGGAAAGCAAUUGAGUCACAGUCUUCGGGCAGUUAGCACUGACCCCCCUUACCAUGACCAUCAUGAUGAGUUUUGCCUUAUGCCAUGA